UUUUUUAAAUAUUUUAUUGUAAUAUAUUUCAACAAUUCUUUUAAUAUGUGUAAAAAUGUGAUCUCGUUAUAUUAUUCAAUUUGUAUGUUCGGUUAUCGAUGUUACAGAGGAAAGAAAUUACUGAAAAAAAAAAAUAUAUAUAUAUGUAUAAAUAUAUAUGUAUAUAUUUAUAAUUCUUUCGUUAGGAAAGAGACAUAGAAUUAUUCUCUUUGGUGAUCGAUCGAUGAAAGACUUAUCGUCUUGCAAGUUCUGACGGUAUUUUUUUUAUAUUCUCUCUUUCUUUUUUUUUUUUUUUUUGAAAAGAAAAAAGAGAGAAGUAAAAAAAAGAAACAAAUAAAAAUAGCCGACGGAACGUAUGCUUAUCCAAUAGGAUUAUAAAAUUAAGGGAGAGCACGUAAUCAAUGCGCGAAUCAAAUCAAAAAGAAGAAAAUGAAAAUGAAAAAGAAUGAGUAAUAAAAAAUAACAAAAAAAUAUAUAGAGGGUCGAUUAAAAGAUGAUCAAUUUACGCGCUGACGUUGCGAACAUGAGAGAAGAAAAAAAAAUGACAGAUAUAAUAAGCAACUAAUAAUAAAUUCGUGUCGGGCAUAAUAUCCUGUACCUAGAAUGGGACCAAAUUAAUGAAUAUAAAAGAAAGAAAAAAAGAAGAAAAAGAAGAAAAAAGAAAAGAAGAGCAAAAAAAAAAAAGAAAAAAAAGGAUUCAAGGAACAACAUUUAUUUUACGUUUCACCGUCGCACUUUGCGGUCCCACGUAUUGUCGCACGAAACAAAAAAAAAAAAACGUUCUCUCAUUCUGUUCGCACGAUCGCUCGAAGAUUCGAUUAGCAUACAUUGGCCAAGUGCUUUUUGACAAACUAAUCCUUGUUAAGAUAUUCGGAUUUAACUGAAAUCAAAUUUAACCUAAGAUAAAAUCAAUGGCGGAUUAAGCGAUCUCGUUAGGCCCCGAUAAGUCUCCCCGAAGGUUCAAAGAAAAUUAUUUUUCUUUUUUUCUUAAUAAGUUCAUUUAAUAUAGUGUAAUUAUGUAAAAUGAUUGUUAUACGACUGGGGGGGACAUACAUUUGCAACAGGUGAAUUGUCUUUUCAUUGGUUGAUCAUUUCCUUACUGAAUAGAAUAGAAUCAAAAUCAAUUUAUAAUGAAUUUCUUGAUUCUAUUGAUACUUUUAAAAUAUAAAUAAUUAACUUUAUUGUUUAAAUAUAUGUUUCAUUGAAAGAAUUAUUAUUAAAACAAUUAUUAUAAGACAGAUGGUUUAAAUUACGAGAUUGAAGUCAUCAUUUAAAAACGCCGAAACUUUCUUGAUACUUUAUUUUAUUCUUCUAACUGAAGUUAAAGGGUCCAAAAAUUUGUAACCCUUUUGGGACUCCCACGUGACUUGAUCCGCCACUGAGAGAGAGAGAGAAAGAGAGAGAGAGAAAAUAAUUUAUCGCUAUCGAUUUACCUAAACCAACACAAAGAAGACUUUUACUUAUUCCGCAAAACUACAUUUCUCCUAAUUAAUGAUAAAUAAUCAUUGUAAGUAGUGACCAUGAUCGAUUCGAUAGGAAAAAAAAACCAUAUUUAUUGAUAGAUUAAUCUGACAAUUGUCUACAUACGAGGAACAUACGUCAUACAUUUUUAUUAUUAAUAUUAUUAUUAUUUUAUUUUAUUAUAAUUUUUUUUUUUUUCAAAACGAUUUUUCUUUUUUCUUUUUUUAUUCAAAUAAGAUGAAACGUAUAAAUGAAAAAUGAAAGAAGAAAGAUAUCGCAGCAGCUGUGUUCAGAUUCAUGCGUAUUAUAAUAGGUGGGAAGAAAUAAAAUAAACAGAUAUAGUUACAGAAUAUGUGGUAUUAAUGAAAGAGAAAGUAGAGACAACGUUGCGAGAAUAUUUUAACACACUAUCGGUGGGAACGUUGUGAGUUUGACUCACUCCUGUAGCGGGCGAAAAUGAGCGAAAUAUGAAAGCAGUGCACUUUUUCGAAAACAUGUUAUAUCUUCACAUCUAAUAGUAGGCAUUUCAAUGAAAUUUGAAUAAUAGCUCCAUGAAAAACUGAAUGCAGCUGAAAAACUGCACAAAACUUGCAGUGUCAAAAUAGCACAUUUCAUCAAAUUAUUAGUUUUUCUUCAAAAAACAAACAUUAGUAAGUGUUUUGCUGAAACUUAACUUACGUUCUGUAUAAAACGUAUUAAUACACGACCCGCCGAUAGUGUGUUAACAUAAAAAUCGUUAUUAUCGUUUAUUUUACUUAUAUUUUUUAUUUUAUUUUGUUUUAAUUUCUUAUUUCUUUCUUUUUUUUUAUUGGGAAAGAGAGAGAGAGACAAAGAAUGAUAUUGAAAAGAACUGACGAAAUAGAAAACAACAUAAAUUAUUGGAAGUAAUAAUUAAUACACACACACACAGACAAAACAUAUCGAAUUUGUUUAACUAAAUAUCGGCUUAUCAUUAACUUGUCGCAUAAUUAUUUUAAUAUUGGAAAUUAAUUUGUUAAUUGCAUAAUGUGUAAUUGAAAAGACAAAAAAAAAAAGAAAACAACAAAUUAUAUCUAAACAACGAACAAAAGUUAAAAUGAUAGGAAAAUAUGUUUGGGAUAGGAGUAGAAGUGGGAUUUUGGCGAGAGAGUGGGGGAAGGUAGCAUAAAAGUUUAUAAAUUUUUCAUCAUUCAAUCUUGUAUAACCUGAUGAAUACAGUUUUGAUAUAAUCAUUUCUACAAAAUAUUUUCAUUAUAUUUAAAAUUAUAAUAUUUAAUAUAGAAAUGAUAUAAACGACAACAACAACAACAACAAAAUUAUUAUUAAAAGGCAAGAGGAUGUGUGUUGCAACAAUAAGACUGCAAAUAUUUGUAAAUGGAAAUGAUUGAAACGAUUGUAUUACCAGUGACGAAUUAAACGUUCACGUAAGGCCCCGAAAUACCAAAAAAGGAUCCCAAGAUUUGAAAAUCUUGUUUUUUUUUAUUAGAUCCGGUGGAAAAUGACGUUUCGUUUUAUUUCUCAUGAUUCUGUUUUCAUAUUUUCGAUUAUUUUUCUUUAUUAGUUUAUUAACAUUACUGUUAAGUUUUUUUUUAGAGUGGGUGGUGCCUUACUUGAUUUCAUUCGUCACUGUAUAUGGGAUGAUGAUUGGUAAUGCAAUUUUAUAUGACUAUUCAUUUGUCUAUUUCUUUUUGGAAGAGGAAAAGAAAAAAAAAAUAAUAGAAAAACAUACAAUAUGACGCGUAAAAUGAAUUUGUUUAAACAAAAAAAAUAAUAAUAAUAAUAAAUACGAACAAAUUAAUCGCGAGAAGUCCUAAGUUUGAAGAAGAUUAACAAAAAAUAUGUAUGUAUAUGUAUGUAUGAAUGCAGGCAUGUGCGACGAGUGUAUGUGCGUGUAUGUAUGUGGGUAUAAGUGUGCGUGCACACAACGAAAGAAUAAAAAAAGAAAAAAAAACAACAACAAGCCAUAUGGUUGAAAAAAAUAGGUGAAAUAAUUUUUUGGCUCCGUAAUUAUUAAUAAUUUAAUUAAUUAAUUAUCGAUAUGAAUGAUGCAUUUCGUGCGAGAAUACGCCGCAAUUCGAAAGAUCAAAAAAAAAAAAAAAAAACAAAAAAAUACUUUUAUUAUAAAUGGAACAUUAUGUACAGUUGUUGUAAGAAAGAAUGUGAUGAAUACGCGUGUCCUCCGUGCGACAGUAAAGAGAACAAAGUAUUAUGAAAUAUGCGUUUUUUUUUUUUUAUAUUAUAUACGUAUAUAUAUUAUAUUUUAUUUUAUUUUGUUUUGUUUGUCCCCAACCAUAGAUUCCAGAAAGAUAUGUAUCCGUUCCAAGAAUUUUUCCUAUUCCUAUGGCAUGUCCAAACAUCUUUAAAACAACCGAGGUGAUCGACGAUACGAAAAAACAUAAUGAAUUAUAUUCAAGGACGGUUAAUGAUGACUAUUAUUAUUGGUUUGCUAAACAAACUGGGAAUAAAAUUGCCAAAUUUUCUAAUGGUAACACAAUAUGUACAAGGCCAUCUGAAUGUGUUCAUCAUGCCAAAGAAGUAGAAGAUUUUCCAAAGAAUUCAACAACAACAACAACAACAGUCGCUAGUUUAUCGAAUAUCGAAACUAUACUUCAUCGUUAUAAUGGAAAAUGUUGUAUAUUGAUUAACGAAGAAGAUGAUCACAUGGAUGAUAAAAACUAUAUUUUAAUUGAUACGGAUAAUAGCGAUGACAAUAGCAGUAGUUACAUUGAAGAAGAUGAGGAUAAUAAUAGUAAUCAUAAUAAUAGUAAUGAUGAUAAUAUCAAGUUCAAUGAAAAUAAUCACCCUUAUCAUUACGAUAAUAAUCGUAAAGAAUCAUCCACCCCUAAAUGUUCCAAAAAUUAAAUUCAUUUCUAUAAUCAGGAUUUUUCUCAAUAUUAAAUAAUAUUUCA